UUCCAAAUCUCGACAAGUUCAGUCAAUUUUUAUAUUUCGCUCGUAAAUUAUUUUAAAGUUUCAAAAUAUCAAGCAUGAAUUCAUCGACAAGACGUAACGAAAGCAUAUAUGAUAGCAUGGAGCCUCUUCAUAAUUCAACAAUGAGACCAUCUUCAAGAGCAAGAAGAACUGCAAGAAACAAUACAACAAUGUCAACUGCCAGAAAUCAAUAUGCAAAUGCUACUGUCAUGAAUAACAACGACAUGAUCUGCAUGUGCUUUAAAUCUCCACCAGUAAUCAUGAAAAAAAUGCCAUCAAGAAAUAACGACUGCAAUUGUACUUGCCAUAUGGAUCGCAUGGGUAACAAUUUGGACACAAGUGGCAUAGAAAGAUUGAACAAAGAAGCUACAUUUAAUAUGAGUAGAAGUAGACAGGGAAACAAGUCUAGCUUGCAGGAACUUGAAGAAACAAUGAAAAACAUGUCAAAUGAUUUUGAUGAGACAAUUUUGGAAGUUCAAGAUGAUCCCAGCAAUGUCACUCCAUUAGGUAAAUUUUAUCGUGCUAAUUCCUUCAGAUAAUUUUUUUUCUAUUCUUUGUGGGUUCUUGUUUUCAAAUAAAUUCUUGACUUUAUUAUUUUUUAUGUAAGUAAUGUUUUCUCAAUAAUUUUAAAUUUUGAAAAACCGUUAAAAAUUUGAAUUUUACAAAAC